CUUGCUUCUCACACCAACCACAAAUCUCAGCCCUCCACUUCCUCUCUUCCUCUUCUCGAUCAAAAGGAGAGGAUGGGCGGCUGGGCCAUCGCAGUCCACGGCGGGGCCGGUGUUGACUCAAGAUUGCCUGAAGAACGACAGGCGGCGGCGAAACGACUUUUGGCCGGUUGCCUUGAGAUUGGCGCCGACGCGCUGAGAUCAGGUGCUAUGGCUAUCGACGUGGUUGAGAUGUUGGUGAGAGAAUUAGAGACCGACCCGUUCUUCAAUUCGGGCCGUGGGUCGGCUCUAACGGCCCGCGGGACGGUGGAAAUGGAGGCCAGUAUAAUGAACGGACCAGAUCGACGAUGCGGUGCCGUGUCGGGCAUCACCACCGUUAAAAAUCCCGUUUCACUUGCUCGCAGAGUCAUGGAAUUCUCCCCGCACUCGUACCUCGCCUUUCAAGGCGCCGAGGAUUUUGCCAUAGAACAGGCAAGUUACGAAAAUCCUUUCAUUUUGGACCGUUUAUUUAAUGGUGGGUUGCCAAUAUGGACGGUGGGUGAUGGUUUUGCGAAAAAUGGACAUGUCGGAUUCCGGGAUUGUAAAUUUUAUUUGAAACAGUUCGAUUAUAGAGUGGCUACUGACACAUGCAGUGGGAGUGUGGGGCCAGCAAUGUCAUUUGACACAGGAAUCCAAAUGAAUGGCCUUCCCAUCAGUGUCUAUGCGCCAGAGACCGUUGGAUGUGUUGUCGUUGAUAGCACUGGUGGCUGCGCCGCUGCCACGUCAACAGGCGGGCUAAUGAACAAAAAAUGUGGCCGCAUAGGAGACUCACCUUUAAUUGGUGCGGGAACAUAUGCUUGCGAUCUAUGUGCCGUCUCUUGUACAGGUGAGGGCGAGGCAAUAAUUCGUGCGACACUCGCACGUGAUGUGGCGGCAAUUAUGGAAUAUAAAGGGUUGGCCUUACAGGAGGCGGUUAAUUAUGCCAUUAAGGAGAGAUUAGAUGGAGGAAAAGCUGGGGUUAUUGCUGUUAGUAAAGAUGGGGAAGUUGCUUAUGGGUUUAAUUCAAAUGGAAUGUUUAGGGGAUGUGCUACUGAGGAUGGAUUUAUGGAAGUGGGGAUAUGGGAGUGAUUAAUAAAUUUGUUUAUUAAUGUGUUUGCUAAUUACUUUCAUGGAGGUGGGAAUUUUAGGAGUGAGUGAUUAAUGAGUGUUGAUUAAUUACUCUUAAUGUGUUAAUCCACCUUGUAAGCUUUGUUUCAUUUAGUAAUGGUUGUGAGGUAAUUAUAAAAUGUUAUGUUUUUUUUUUU